AUGCCUAUUUACACUCUCAGUUGCUUUAAACUCCCAGAGACACUAAUAGAAGACGUACAAAGAGCCAUAUUGCAGUUUUGGUGGGGCAAAAAAAGAUCGGAAAGGAGGAUGCAAUGGAUUGGGUGGAGAAUUACUUGUAGGUCCAAGAGCCAAAGGGGUCUUAAUUUCAAAGAUCUUAAAGCUUUCAACCUUGCAAUGCUAGCCAAACAAGGAUGGCGACUACUUACAAAAACAAAUUUUCUAAUCUUUAGAGUGUACCGAAGUAAAUAUUUCAAAGACUCCAAUUUUCUCCGCGUAGAAGUUGGAAUCAACCCUUCCUGGGGAUGGAGGAGCAUAGUAGAGGGCAGAAAAGUUCUGGAAAAAGGUAUCCUAUGGAGGGUAGGCACCGGUUCAGAUAUCAGAAUAAGAGAAGAUUCAUGGGUUCGUGAUUAUCUGGCUAUUACUCUUAAUACAGAGACUAAUUCAGAACACAAUCCUACAUGGGUUUCAGACCUACUUUUACCAACCAAAUCAUGGAAUCAGAUAUUAAUACAAGAACUAUUCAGACCAGAUAUUGCAGAGGCAAUCAUAAACACUGAAAUCCAACAAGGUGAUGAUGAGGUUACCUGGCUAAAGGAGAAAAAUGGAUGCUAUUCAGUAGCGUCUGGGUACUAG